AUGCCGCCGCACACGUUCGAGUCGCCUGCGAAGAAGCAGAGCAAGUGGUCGUCCCAGGAGGAUUCCCUCAUCAUAGAACUCAGGGGCAGCGGCAUGAAAUGGGACGACAUUUCGAAGCGGCUCCCGGGCCGGAGCUCUAUCAGCUGUCGCCUUCAUUACCAGAACUACCUGGAACGGCGCAGUGAAUGGGACGAGGAGCGCAAAAACAAACUCGCUAGGCUUUACGAAAGGUUCAAACCUGAAAUAUGGGCCAAGGUAGCCGAAGAGAUGCAAGUCCCCUGGCGAGCCGCUGAGGCAAUGCACUGGCAGCUAGGCGAGGCCGAGAUGGCUCGGCGGGCUGGAGUCGUUCCAUUUUCGCUGAACGUAGCGUCAAACGAGCCACAAGGCUCGAUGACGCAGCGAAUCUCCCCGACCCGUGGUGGCCACGCUCACUCGCAGUCCCAAGGCAGCAUGCCACGCGACUUCUCCGGCCUACCAUCACCACGCUACACCCGGGGACCCCCAGGUCCCGGCCCCGGCCCCGGCCCGCCCUCCCACCAAAUCCCACCCUUAAUCCCCCCGCCGACCCCGACCUCCAUCGGAAGCCGUCCCCUUUCCUCCCGGCGCGAGAGCCUCCCGCGCGGGCCCUUCGGCCCCCCCCUCUCAGACACAGGCGACUACGGCUACGGCCUAGCGCCCAUCCAAACCAGCGGCUCCUCCUUCGGCCACAGCCGCGGCUCCAUCGGCAGCGGCGGCGGCGGGCUCCCCGGCGUCGCGGAGCUGACUACGGGCAUCAGCCCCUACAGCACGCCGGCCUACGCCCAGGGGGGCGGCAGCGGCGGCGGCGGCAGCGGCAUCCCACCCCCGCCCCCGACCCCGUCCCACCCCUACCACCACCACCACUCCUCCCAGCAGCAGCAGCAACCGCACCAACACCACCACCAACACCACCAGUACCAACCCAGCACCGCGACCAGCCCGAUCCAUAGCAGCGCGACGGCCAGUCCGGGCCCGGGGGUACCAGGCGGCGGCGGCGGCGGCGGCGGCCUGCUGCCCGCGCUGUCUCCAUACCCACAGCACGAGCCGGCGCCCCCGGGGCCAGGGCCAGGGCCAGGGCAUGGGAAGCGGCGGGCAAGUCCGCCUGACCACAGGUUUGGCAGCCGCGAGACCAGCCGCCGGAGACAGCACCUGUACUCUUCGUCAUCGGCGGCGGCUAGGGAUGGGGCGAGGGACGAAUACCCCCCGCCGCCACCCCCACCGCCGCCGCAGCAGCAGCCGUCGUCGGUUUUUGAGAUGGGGGCGGGGAUGGUGCCGGCGAGGAGGGUGGCUAGGCAUGGGAUUUGA